UGGCGCGCCCGGGGAGGAUGCGCGGCGCGCCCCCGCGCGCAGCGGCGCGCGCCGGCGCGCCGUGUCGGUGACGUCAGGGGGCCGAGUGACCAAUGGGGAGGCGCUGCCCUCCGGAGCCGAACCAUUCGACUUGUGGCGUCCCUGCCCUGCGCGCCCAGGCGCGCCGGAGCCCAACUUUGGCAGAAGCCACCUUAAAAACCUCCGCCCGGGACUCCGCCAGCCCCCAAAAACACCCGUCGGGGGGAAUGAGGAGCGGGGAGGAAAGGCGCCGGGAGUAGCCCUCCCUCCCCCCCCCCUCCCCGCUCGGCACACACCGCCCUCCCUCCCCUCUCCUCCCCUCCCUCUCUCCCUCCCUCCCUCGGUUAACAAGGCCCCUCGCACCACGGCGCCUUAAAAAAAUAAAUCCCCGCCGCCUCCAGCCGUGCCGCGGUGGUGGCCGGGCAGGGCGGCCGCGGGCGGGGGGCGAGCCGGAGAGCGCCGCUCUCUGCCUCCCCGGCGUCGAUGAUGACCAUGACCACGAUGGCUGACGGGCUGGACGCGCAAGACUCCUCCAAGUCCGCCUUCAUGGAGUUCGGGCAGCAGCAGCCGCCGCCGCAGCCGCCGCCGCCGCCCCACUCCCAGCAGAGCUCGCCGGCCAUGGCCGGCGCCCACUACCCGCUGCACUGCCUGCACUCCGCCGCCGGCUCGCACCCGCACCACCAGCACCACCACCACAGCUCGCCCUACUCCGGCACCGCCGGCUCCUACAACCACCGCUCGCUGGCCGCCUACCCCUACGUGAGCCACUCGCAGCACAGCCCUUACCUCCAGUCCUACCACAACAGCAGCGCGGCCAGCCAGACGCGGGCGGACGAUGCAGAUCAGCAAAAAACAACGGUGAUCGAAAACGGUGAAAUCAGAUUCAAUGGCAAAGGGAAAAAGAUUCGGAAGCCUCGAACCAUUUACUCUAGUCUACAACUUCAGGCUUUAAAUCAUCGCUUUCAGCAGACUCAGUACCUGGCACUUCCAGAGAGAGCUGAACUGGCAGCUUCAUUAGGACUUACCCAGACACAGGUGAAGAUCUGGUUUCAGAACAAACGCUCCAAAUUUAAGAAGCUGCUGAAGCAGGGCAGCAACCCCCACGAGAGCGACCCUCUGCCCGGCUCCGCUGCCCUGUCCCCUCGCUCGCCAGCCCUGCCUCCAGUCUGGGACGUUUCAGCUUCUGCCAAGGGAGUCAAUAUGCCUCCCAACAGCUACAUGCCUGGCUAUUCUCACUGGUAUUCUUCUCCACAUCAAGACACAAUGCAGAGACCACAAAUGAUGUGAAUUGUCCAAGAGAAAUAAUCUCCCAAGAACGCCUCGUCUCGACAUGGCAAAAAGUUCCCCUGCUUUGCCAAGCCGUGCCAGCUAGCAGGCUCUGUGUGAACUUGUAGAUGCGGCAAAGAGACAGAGUGGCUUUUUUUUUUUUUUUUUUUUUUUUUUUAAAGUAACCUCAGCGAUUGAUCUCGACCAGAAAGACACAAUUUUCAUCCUGGCGCACAGAAGACACUUCUCUUUAGGAUAUUUUCAUUUGGACUCCAAGGCACCAGCCUCUUUCUCUGUGGAGUAUACGUCAAAACAAACUUUUUACUGACUUUGCCCACAAGAAGAACCUGAAUCUACAGCGGCAGCCGUUUUUACUUGUUUAAUGAGCUAAAGACAUUACACGAUGAAAGAGAGACUAGUCAAAGCUCCUUCAUUUUUAUUCACCAAAUGCGGACUGGGGAAAAAGAUGAAAAGAGAGAAGAAGAAGGGAUUAAAAAAAAAAAAAAAAAAAAAAGCGAAGAGGGGAAAAGAAGGAGAACUGCUUGACGAUGAAAAUAACGCUGUGAGCCCCGAACAUUGCCACGCAGCGAAACCUGCAUGCUUUCCCGCAGCGGAGCGGGCUGCGGCUCGGAGGCGAGCACCGGCUCCGCCGCCCAGAGCCCUUCGCACACGCGUGGGGCCACAGGGCCACGGGGGACACGGGAAGGGGGUGACACGGCCCCCCUAUGUCCCCAGUCCCCCGGCCCCGGGCAGCGGCAGGACAGACGGAGCCAGGGGCGGCUUAGUGCCGGCGUCCCCCCCCCGCUCGUGAAGCCAGAGGGACCUUUCUCCCGAGCAACCUUUUUCUGUAUAUAUUGUUGAAUUUUAGUUGUACAUAUA